GUGCACGGAAGAUGACUGGACACCACAAAAAAAUACAAAGUCUAUAAAUACAAAGUCUAUAUUUACGAGUGAAACCCAAAGCUUUAUUCAUAUAAAGCCACUUGUACCUUCGACUAUCCCGCAAAAAAAGGCAAUCCGGUGUACUAAGCUUUCACUAUGCGCGGGGUCCGGGGAAGGGCCGGACCAUAAGAGUCUAUUGUACGCAGCCUUGCAUUUCUGCAAGACGCUGUUUCUACGGCUCGAACCCGUGAUCUCCUGAUCACAUAGCAGCAACUUUAGCAGUUACGUGAAGGAUCCCCUCCGACUAUCCCACACCCAACAUAAAUUAUCUUCACCUUGUAGCAAAUCUUGAUUCAGCCUUCCCACAGUCUCUGUGUGGACUUUCAUAUACACACAACCUUAGGUGAAACAGUUACAGGUCUUUAUUACUAUGGAGAAAAACAUACCUGGUAGAGAGGAGAACAAGAAGUCCACUGAUUGUAGUAUCGCAGAGGACAACAAGUCGGCUCUUCAGUUCAUUGAAGAGGUGACUACCAACGUUGACGAGGUCCAAAAGAGAGUUGUUGCUGAAAUCCUAUCGAGGAAUGCCAAUGUUGAGUACUUACAGCGUCAUAAUCUCAACGGUCACACUGAUAGAGAGACGUUCAAGAAAGUCAUACCUGUCAUCACGUAUGAAGAUAUUCAGCCUGAUAUCAACCGUAUAGCGGAUGGUGAUAAAUCUCCAAUCCUCUGCUCCCAACCCAUCUCUGAAUUCUUGACAAGUUCUGGGACGUCCGGAGGGGAGAGAAAGUUGAUGCCAAUAAUAGAGGAAGAUUUUGGGAGGAGAUCACAGCUUUACAGCCUUAUGAUAUCUGUGGUAAGCCAAUCUGUUGGAGAUUUGGAAAAGGGCAAAGGAAUGUAUUUCAUGUUCGUAAAGUCUGAAACCAAGACCCCAGGAGGAUUACUAGCUCGCCCUGUUUUAACUAGUAUUUUCAAGAGGCCUCAUUUCCACAACUCAAACUACACCAGUCCAAUUGAGACUAUUCUCUGCCUAGACUCUUAUCAGAGCAUGUACUCCCAAAUGCUUUGUGGCCUCUGCCAAAACAAACAAGUCCUACGUGUAGGCGCCGUGUUUGCAUCCGCUUUCAUCCGUGCUAUGCGAUUCUUGGAGAAGCACUGGUCUCUACUUUGUAACGAUAUCCGAACUGGAACCAUUAACGCACAAAUUACUCAUCUUUCAGUGAGAGAAUCAGUGAUGAAAAUCCUAAAACCUAACCCAGAGUUAGCUGAUUUUAUUGAUGCUGAAUGCAGAAAAAGUUCAUGGCAAGGGAUUGUCACUAGGCUGUGGCCUAAUACCAAGUAUGUGGAUGUUGUCGUGACUGGUACCAUGUCACAAUAUAUACCAACCCUUGAGUAUUACAGCAGUAACCUCCCUCUUGUUAGUACCACGUAUGCUUCCUCGGAAUGUUCCUUUGGAAUCAACUUGAACCCCCUUUGUAAACCCAGCGAAGUCUCUUACACGCUCAUUCCCACCAUGGGCUAUUUUGAGUUCUUACCAAUUCACAGAAUCAAUAAUGAAGUCAAAAAUUCUAUCUCCAUGUCCGAGUUGCAAGAACAACAACAAUUGGUCGAUUUGGUUGAUGUCAAGAUUGGGCAGGAGUACGAGCUUGUUGUUACCACAUAUUCUGGACUCUAUAGAUACAGGGUGGGUGACGUGCUUCGGGUUGCUGGAUACAAGAAUAACGCACCUCAGUUCACCUUCGUUUGUCGGGAAAAUGUAAUCUUGAGCAUUGAUUCCGACAAGACUGAUGAAGCUGAGCUACAAAAUGCAGUGAAAAAUGCAGUGAGCGAUCUGAUGCCAUUCGAUGCACAUGUAACCGAGUACACAAGCUAUGCUGAUAUUACCACCAUUCCCGGCCACUAUGUCCUAUUCUUGGAGCUGAGAGUGAAUAGCUCUACCCCAAUCCCCCCUUCAGUGUUCGAAAAUUGUUGCCUCAACAUUGAAGAAUCUCUAAACAGCGUCUACCGCCAGGGGCGUGCAUCUGACAAAUCUAUCGGGCCUCUGGAAAUCAGGAUAGUGGAAACAGGAACUUUCGACAAACUCAUGGACUAUUGCAUUAGUUUAGGUGCUUCCAUAAACCAAUACAAGACACCGCGGUGUGUGAAAUUAACACCCCUUGUUGAGCUGUUGAAUUCUAGGGUCGUGUCCAGUCAUUUCAGUCAAACAUGUCCAAAUUGGAUCCCUGGCGACAAGCAAUGGAACAACAUGAAUUGAAUAGCCAAUUUCUGUUAGUACCUUAAUUCUCUAUCCAGAAAAAGAGCAACAUUAUUUUAGCUUUAGAAAUACUAGUUAACAUAAAUCUCCAACCUUUAUUGAUUUAUUAAGCAUUAAUAUUUCUUUUAUGUUCUGUAUGCCAUAUAAGACACUGCAUAUUUAUGAUUCCUGAAGGUGUGCCUACACUCUAUUCUCCUAGGACCCCACUUUGUUGUUGUUGUUGUAUGACAAUUGCAAUUGAGUUAUGUAAAUUGCCAUGGUUAUAAAUCGGUUUUAGCUAUUGCGAUUUAUAAGU